ACAUCAUAUUCGGUACGUGAACUAACAAGCCUAUCUACGACAGUAGACACAGAGCCAUCAUCAGCAGAACCCGAUCCACGUCAAAGCGCGAUUCCGUCGUCGAGAGCGACGAUGACUAUUGCCAUGCGAUCAUGGCAUGCGGGCAUUGCCCACAGCGGCAGCAUCUCGCAUUACCAGGAGAUUCGAACUUGAGUGAAUAGGAAGACUUCAACGGAUUGCUACUAAUGUGGCGACGAAUUCAGAACUCUCCAAUAUCCCGCCAUGGACUACGACGAUACCUCAGGCUUCAACAUCCGUGGAAGAGCUCAUCAAAACAACACUGAGCGCUCCAGCUCGCCUGCCCGCCGUGAUCAGUAUCGUCGUUCAAGAUCACCACGCGGAUAUCAAGAUCGAGGUGGCUACCGUGGCCGCUAUCAGGAUGAUGACUAUCGGCGCAGCGACCACGGCGGCUAUGCAGGUCGCCAACAGAGCUAUCGCCGCCGAGAUGAUCGAGACGACACGGUCGUAGAGCGCCCACCAACACCGGAAGAAUGGCCGCCAGCGUCUAUGAAUGGCGACAGUGAUGUCGCGACCUCCGGUCAGCCACUUCAAUUCCUCCUCAUCCGCGAUCUCAAGCCGAACGUGACAAGCGCCAUCCUUAGUAAGGGUCUCGAGAAGCUGUACCGCGACGAGGUCCAAGCUGGUGUACAGGAGAAACCGCAAAUCAACAGCAAUCUGGGCGCCACUCCAGGAAGUCUAAAGCGAGUCUUUAUCGUCCGCGAGAGCGGCACCUCGAGAAGUCUACAAUUUGGGUUUGCUGAGUUUCACUCGAAAGUGGACGCCACAGCGGCACUGGCAAAGUUUGACGAACGCAGAGCUCCACUCACUAUCGCUUCGAAGAACAUCCAAGUCAACCUCCCGCAUGCUGGCAUCUUUGUUCCUGCCGACCCAUCAGAUCGGGAAGCAUUCGAGCUCCGCCAAGGCGACUUUCGGAAGUAUCGUGCUCCAGGCUACUUUGCCGAUGCCUUCUAUCCUGGAGGUAAAGGGAAGCACGGACCGCCAGACUGCCAACCCCGUGCCCGUGCUAGCACUUGCGGCAGGUCGAUGGCAGAAGUCAGGAGAACAGCUUCGCCGAGAUCUUCCACGCCCAGCGACUGA